UUACACUGACACGUGGGUCCCACUUGUUGUCUUGUGGGACGGGACGGCCUUUGCAGCGUCCUCACGUGGUAUAUCACGGUUACACCGGAAUCCACGCUCGCCUCCCCUGCGCCUCCUCCCCUUUCUCUGUCCCUGCCCCCUUCUUCGUCUCCUUGCCCUUUCCCAAAACCCUAACCCUCACCACCACUUCUCUCUUCGAUCCCCUCUACCUAGGCGAGAGCGCGGCUCCGGCGAUGCCGCGGCGGCGCUUACCCUCCGGCGAUCCGCCGGUGCCGGACGAUCUCCGGUGCCGCAGGGCCGACGGCCGCCAAUGGCGGUGCCCAGAGCGCGCCCUCCCCGGGAUCUCCUUCUGCGAGCACCACCACCGUCUCUCCCUCCACGUUCAGUCCAAGCGCAAGCCCCCGAAGCCCCGCCGCGCUCCCCGUCGCGCUCCGCCGCCGCCUCCACCGCCGCCUCCGCCAGAUCCACCGGAGCCUGAGGUUCCCGACGACCAACUCCGCUGCCGGAGGACCGACGGCCGGCGGUGGCGCUGCUCGGCGCGCGCCCUCCCUGGCCUCAGCUUCUGUGAGCACCACGACCGCCGGAUCCGCCGGAACUCCGCUCAGCCGCCGCCGUCGCCGGAGCACGAGCCGCUCGAUCCGGCGCCAAGGAAGCGGCGGAGGAGGAGCGAGGAGCAUCCUGCGGCGGAGGAGGCGGCGACGCAGCGGCAUGAGGAGAGGAAGGAGGGGAAGAAGAGGCGGAUGACGUCCGAGGCGGCGGAGGAGGCGGCGACGCCGGAGGCGAAGGUGACGCGGGACCUCCCGAACGGCGUGAUGGUCAUCUCGUCGACGAGUCCGGUCCACGAACGUCCGUCCGGGCCGCCGCUCGAUCGUAAGCUAGGGUUUGAGCCGGGGUUGCUCGUGAAGAGGCCCAUCCGGUCCAAGAAUGUCGAGCCGGUCCCCGUGGCAACAGUGAAAAUUUUUCCUGGUGGCAAAAGAUUGAAGAAGGACCGCAUAAGGACUUGCCACAGGUGCGGGAAGAGUAAGAUGGCGCGCAUUUUUCGGUGUAAGAGUUGCCGGAAGGAGUUCUUCUGCUCGAGCUGCAUUAAGAAAUGGUACUCUGGAAUGUCUAAAAUGGAAAUAAAAUUGUCUUGUCCUGUUUGUCGCGGCUCUUGCAACUGUGAAAAGUGCAUGCUGCGUGGAGAAAAGGACGAUGUAUGUAAGGAUGUAGAAGACAGUCAAGCGACUAAUAUUAAAAUCAAGUAUGCCGAUUACCUUUUCUCUCAUCUGCUUCCUGUCCUAGGAAAGAUCAAAAAGGAACAUAUUGAUGAACUGGAGAUAGAAGCAAGUAGACAAGGAACAAAAUUGACUGCCGUUCGCCUUCAAGUGGUGGAAAAUGGCCGUGAUGAGAUAGUUAACUGCAAUCUCUGCAAGAUGCCGAUUCUGGAUUUUCUGAGAAGCUGCUCGAAGUGUUCCUAUAAGCUUGAGUAUUCUAUAGUGUCACCUAAAUAG